GCCCUUCCAGGUCUUAGCCUUAAUCUCAUUAAAUCAGGCAAAUGUCGACGGUGUCAGAGAAAAAUCAGCAAAAUGCUUCAAUAUAGUUUUCGAUCGUCAAUAAUUUUGAUACUGUAAUACUUGUGCAUCUUAAUCCCACUUUGUUUGUGAAGAACUGCCAUUAGUCUUAUCUAUGAACUUUUGUGUUCUCAACUUUUAAGUGAAUAGAGAGAGCUUGUUAGGGAAGUAUGAAUAUCUUAUGGUCAGUUUUGCUGCUGGUGGUCAUCAUAGCUUGUGGUGGUAAGGCCAAUUCGGAGCUUACCAAUAUAGAUUUUGAUGAAAUCAGAUACAUGAACCUGAGCGCUGAUCCAUGCGAAAACUUUUACGAAUACACAUGCGGAAAUUUCAAAAACAUCUACCCCCUGGAAGAUGGAGAUCUCCUCUUAGACCAAUUCAAUUUAUUGGAAGACAAAUUGGCCCUUGUAGUCCACGACAUUUUAACGACCGAAAUCAACGAGGCCGAUCCUGAUGCACUCAAUAAAGCCAAAGGUGCUUAUUAUGCUUGCAUGGACAAUGAUUUUCAUGAUAGUAUUCAAAUGAUUAAUCCAGAAGUUAAUGUAAUAGGAAAAUAUAAAGGUUUUCCAAUAAUUGGACAAACAAAUGAGGAAAUUAUUGAAUCUACAGAGCCCUUUGGAUGGAACGACAUAGGAGAUUUAGCUGCUGAGUUUGGUAUAAGCAUUUUCUUCACACCUAGUCUGACUUAUGAUAAUUUAAAUGCCUCAAGAAAUCUUCUUUGGAUAUCUGUUGAUGGUAUGGAAAUUCCUGUCCAAUUUCGGCCGACAGCAUCACAAUCUUACGAAGACGCUAUAGAGGAAGGUUUCAUUCAAAUGGCUCAGGCUCAAAAUAAGAGUAAUAAUGGUAGACUAAGAAGUGCUACGAUUUCAUCUAUGGAAUUGCUAUUUAGGAAAAUGGUGUUGAAAUUGAAGAGGGUUUUGGGAAGCAAUCGAAGCGAUGCUUACAUUUUUGAUAGGGUGGCUAAUAUAUCUAAUUUUCUGAUUGGAAUUUAUCAUGGAGGGUGGAUUCCAAAUGGAACUGUUAUAAGCCCGAUCGUCAAUGACACAAAUGCUUCAACUGUGACACUAAAAGAACUCAAUAAUUGGACUAUUAAACAUUUUGGAAAUACUGUUCAGUUAGAUUGGGUAGAAUAUGUCAAGAGACUUCUACAAUACACUUAUGUCGAAGUAAACGAAGACUUUCUAAUACUGCGUCCCAAUGGACUGGAAAAUUUCAUCUACGGUGUUUUAAAUUGGGUGCGGAUGAACGAUGAGGAAAUUGUUAAAAGCGCUGCUCUACUUAGAGCUUUUACUUACAUGGCUCCGGACAGUGACUCGGAAACUAGGGACUACUUUGAGGAAUAUUUGAGAGCAACCAAGAAAACUAUUCUUCCAAGGUGGAAAUAUUGCACAAGAAAACUUAUGGAUGUCACUGGCACGCUUUCUCUAGGCGUAGCAGUGACUUAUGAAUAUCAAUUGAAGCAUUUCAGUCAAGCUAAAAGGGAAAAUGCUUUAUCGCUUAUAAACAACCUCCAAUCCACUUUUAAACAAAUAAUAGAAGAGACUAAUUGGAUGGAUGAUGAAUCAAAAGAGGCUGCUCAAAGCAAAGCUAAAAACAUUAUUACACUUUUGGCUUAUCCCGAAUUCAUAAACAAUCCAGAAACUCUGGAUUACUUCUACGAAAAUUUGCAAAUAACAACUUGGAACCACUUCGAGAAUGCAAAGAACAUUCGAGCGUUUCAACAAGCUUAUACGUUGAACAUGAUUAAGACUAGAAAUAGGAAAACCUGGGAAAAAUCUCCAUUUGUUGCCAAUGCUUAUUACAAUCGUCAGAACAAUAGAAUUAUAUUUCCAAUAGCCAUGCUAAAUCACAUAUUCUUUGAAGGAUCUGCAAAUAUUUUGGACUACAGUCGCAUCGGUAUGAUAAUCGCCCACGAAAUAACCCACGGAUUCGACAGACAAGGAUUCUUAUACAACCCAGAAGGAGUAAUCGAGCCUUGGUGGUCCAACGAAACUAUUGUCAAUUUCAGAAACAACUCUCAGUGUUUCGUUGAUCAAUAUGCCAGCUAUUUCAUACCAGAAAUCAAUGGCACAAUUAGUGGAACUGGCAGCUUGAAUGAAAAUUUGGCUGAUAACGGUGGACUUAGAACGGCCUAUAGAGCAUUCAAGGAAAAGAUUUUAUCGACAGUUAGGAAAAGUUAUCCAGUUUUAUUAGGCUCAAAGGAGUUUACGGCUGAACAAAUGUUUUUUGUUGGAUAUGGAACGAUGUGGUGUAGUUCCGAAUCGAUUUCCUACCUGAAAUCGUUGCAAACAUCUUGUGAAACGACUUCGACUUGUCACGCCCGCUCUCAGAUGAGAGUAAACGGAGUGGUAUCCAAUAUGGAAGAAUUUGCUGAAGCGUUCAAUUGUCCGGCGGGCAGUCCCAUGAAUCCGGACACCAAAUGUCGGUUAUGGUAGAUUGAAUAUGUGCAAACUUAAAUACCAUAUUUUUUCUUUUAAUGUAGAUUCAAAAAAAAAAAUAGAUUAUUGCUCUAAUGAAUAAAUUAUGUUCUUAGUUCUA